AUGUAUUAUCCUCAGACGACAUUUAAGAAUACGACAUUCCACGGUCCUUCCCUAUUAAAGACCACUCGAGAGACUAUUUCGAAGCAAACUUUGUAUACCCAACUUGACCUUCUGAAGUCCACCGGUCGUUAUGAUUGCUUCAAGCUUGAAUGGCACCCAAAAUACGACGAUAAUACGAACUGGCCCGAGAGGAAACAUCUAUUCUGGGACUGUGAUAUUGCUAAAUGGAUCGAAGCUGCAUGCUACUUCCUCAUGGAGCAGUACGACGCCCGACUAGAUAACGCAGUUCAAGAAAUCGUGGGUACGAUUAGCUCAGCCCAGCAGGAAGAUGGUUACCUGAACUUGCAUUAUCAGGUGGUUGAUCCUGGAGCACGCUGGACAAAUUUGAGGGAUAUGCAUGAAUUGUAUAACGCAGGGCAUAUGAUCGAAGCUGCUCUGUCGCAUCACCAGUACUACCACAAUGACUUGUUUUUGGGUCCCAUCGUGAAGUAUGUAUCUUUGAUGAGAAAAACAUUCGGAGCAAGGGAAAACCAAAUCCAUGGCUACCCUGGCCAUCCGGAAAUUGAGCUGGCGUUGCUUCGCCUGUACAGCAUGACAGGAAACGAAGAUGCGUAUGACUUGGCUCGAUAUUUUCUUGAGGAGAGAGGGAAUCCAUCUGGAGUUAAUGGACGACACUAUUUUGAUGUGGAAGCCGAAGAACGCGGCGACGUACCUUGGAAGAGGCCAGAUGCACAUCCAAUGGCAAAGUCACACCAGUAUUCUCAGGCCCAUGAACCAAUUCUUGAACAGCAGACCAUCGAAGGUCAUGCGGUGAGAGCCAUGUAUCUGCUCACCGGAGCGGCUGAUCUUCUGUGCUUGGACAAAGCCACUGUUCAGCCUUUGGGAGAUCUACGACACCAGUGGUACGAUGCAAUCAGACGACUGUGGGAUAACAUGGUUGACAAAAAGUUGUAUCUCACGGGAGGCAUCGGAGCCAUCAAGCAAUGGGAAGGAUUUGGUAUUGAUUACUUUCUACCACAAGGAACUGAUGAAGGAGGCUGCUAUGCGGAAACAUGUGCCGCCAUUGGCGUGGUGAUGUUGGCGGAACGAUUGCUUGAAGUUGACUUGGAUUCACGAUACGCUGAUAUGAUGGAAUUGUGUCUCUAUAACGCCAUACUGACCUCUAUGAGUCUUGAUGGCAAUGCCUUCACCUACACCAAUCAGCUUGCAAGUUCUCACCAAGAUAAAAGCACCAGAGAGGAAUGGUUCGAAUGUGCGUGUUGCCCGCCAAAUCUAGCAAGACUUUUUGGCAGCCUGGGUGGCUAUCUAUGGGACUAUGGUGGAACAAAGGAUGGCGCUUAUGUCAACGUUCACCUCUACACUACUGCCACAUUAGCCUUCACUAUAGAGGGAGAAGAGGUCAUUGUCAAACAAUCAUCAGCCUGGCCAUGGGAGGGCAAGAUCUCCUUUACCAUCCAGGCCCCGCCGACGCUGCAACUUACAUUACGUUUAAGAGUGCCAGAAUGGGCACAUGGCCAAUUUAAGUUGGAACCGAACCAUGCAUGUUCCGAGCAGCUCGAGAAAGGUUAUAUCAUACUGCCUCCGUCAUAUACUUCAUAUACGCCCGAGUUUACCCUUGACAUCCAAGGAUUCCAACCCCGUCUGAUCCAACCACAUCCAUACACCAAUCAGCAAGUUGGCGCAAUAGCCAGAGGUCCAAUCGUUUACUGUGCCGAAGAUAUCGAUAACCCAUGGGAACACAAUCACUUCAAGGACGUUUGGAUACCCUCAUCUACAAGUUUUCGACAGGAAUGGAGACGAGAUGUUGCCAACAAGCCACACGAGCAUGUUGCAAUACAUACCAGCGGCUACGAGCGUUCAUAUCCCGAGUGGGAAAACAAACCGGCGGGAACUGGACCUGGUUUAUCGGUCCAGACACCCAAAAAGAUCUCUCGUCUACAGAGAGAUCUCUGUUUCAUUCCAUACUACCUUCGGGCCAACCGCGGGGGACGCGGGCAGAUGCGAGUUGCACUUCCCUUGGAACUUUGA